AGGACGACGACCAAGCAGCUGAGAGAGAGAGCGAGAGAGCGUGAGAACUGUUCUCAUCUUCCGGAGAAACCCAUUUCACGAUCCAUUCCCUCGCUCUCUCGCUUUUUCUGUUCGCAUUUCGAUCCAUACAUUCGUUGUCUUAUACGUUCAAAGGAUGCCUCUACUGAAAAAGAAGCCACAUAAACUACUGGAGCCGCCAAAGGACUUAGAGUCGAACGAACUUGUAUAUCAAGUCCGUUUGACAAAAGAGAUUUUCCGGGAUUAUCAAUUGUACUUGAAGAAGAUAAAUCUGUAUCAGAAGCGGGUUUGGACAUGUAAAUCUACUGGUAAAACUAGCUUGACCUACGAGGAGGCGUUAGAAUCAGAAAGACAUGCAAGCGAAAAAGUUCAGGCUCUGCCCAAAGAGCUAGUGGCGCCUGCUUUACGGAUCAUACAGUUCAGUACCUUCUCAUUGAAAGAUCUAGCAGAAGUAAUAGUAUCAGAAUUGCAAAGUUGUUUCUUUGUUGGUGCUGAGUUGUACGGAAAAAGGAAUGGGGAAUUGUUUCCAUGCAGAAUCUUGAAAAUCGUAGAAGAUCGAGCUGGUAAAUCUCGGUACGAGGUACGCUUCCUUGAUAAAGAUAAGAAAAUAGAUGAAAACACAGUGCUAUCUGGGGAAGAUCUGUCAUGGAAAAAGUUUCCUUUUAGUAGAAAUUUCCUGAAAUCCUUCAUACGGGAAUCCACAUGCCGGAGUAUACCUUGGGUCGUAAAUGAUAAUCUGGCACUACUCCAUGGGAUCUCAAAAAAGAUUCCUAAGGAAUUGCAGAGCAAAUAUGUCUUUCAGGGAGGACAACUGAUUCACAAACGUAACAGGCAGAGAACAAAGGGAGAUAAAACCGAAAGGGAAAACGGCAAAAGAAAGAGAGCAGAAAAUGGUAGACAUGUUGCAGAUGGGACAGAUGAAGAGGUCAAUGAGUCAGAGGAAGAGUCCAUCAAUUAUCCAAUCGAAGAUUUAAUGGUGCAACCUGGGCCUGAUGAUCCAGAUAUCAAUGAACGUCCUUCUCCUUCACGGGAUUUCAGUGUUCCAAUGGAUUGCGUUGGGGAUCUUCUAAUGGUCUGGGAUUUUUGUUCCUCAUUUGCUAGGCAGCUGAAUUUGUACCGAUUUUCUCUCGAAGACUUUGAAAAUGCUGUCUGCCACAAGGAGAGCAAUUUGGUGCUUAUCAUGGAAGCACAUGCUUGUCUUUUCCAGUUCCUCAUAAAUGACGGUGGCGACAAUUUUUCGGCUUUACAGAAGAGGAACCGCAAAUCAAAGAUAACUUUAAUCACAUGGACAGAGUAUCUAUGUGAUUUCUUGGAAUCGAUCAACAUUCCUGAUUUCUCCUCGCACAUUGGAACAAUCAAGCGGGGGCAUUAUGGUCUUCUCUACCCUGAUGUGAAGUUGAAAAUGUUUAGGGAGUUAGUGAACCAAAUAACGGAAACAAGCACGUUUAAGAGGGGAGUAGAUGAGCUCAUUGAACAGCGUCAUGCCGUAGGUGCUGCUAGAAGAGAAGAAGCAUUGGAGGAGGGCCGGAAGAAAAGAGAGGAGAAGAAAGAACGGUCGAAGACUAGUGAGGAAGCUAACGGAGUAUUAGACAGAGACGGAGUGGAGGAUAAGAAAAAUACCUCGCACGUUCUCGGAAGCUGCAGUAGAAAAGGUAAAAAGAAUGGGUUCGAUGCAGAGAAAAACAAUGAGUUUAUCUCUUCGGAAAAAGACGAACCAUCGGAAAAGAGGCUUCUAGAGAAUGUCUAUCAAAGGAAGCACAAAAAACAGAUGUUAGAUACGAAAACACAACCAAAAGAGGAGAAAGAGCUGACGGGGAAGGAGCAACCACAGGAAUUCACGAGCGAAGAUAAGAACGGAAAUACAGAAAGGAGGAGCGCUGAGCAGAGGAGGCAAUAUUAUGAAAGAGAGAUGGAGAAAAUAGUGAUACGGACCAACCCUUUGGGUAAAGAUAGGGAUUACAAUAGGUAUUGGUGGUUCCGACGCAAUGGCAGGAUAUUUGUUGAGAGUCCGGAUUCUAAAGAAUGGGGCUAUUAUAGUUCCAAGGAAGAGCUCGAUGCGUUGAAGGGUUCGCUAAACUGCAAAGGAGAGAGGGAAAUGUCUUUGCACCAACAACUUGAGAAAUUCUACGACAGAAUAUGCUCGGUAGCACAGAAGAGAUCGAAAGAAAUAGCUCACAACUUAGAAACGGAAGAGGCUGUGCUUCGGAGGUCUACCCGUGUGAGGGCUCCCCCGAGGGAGAAUCCCGCCAGUUCCUUCCUCCGAUACGUUAACAAGUGGAAAGAAGACUAAAUCGACAUCCGAUCCGAGAGUUCUGUAUAGGAAGUUUUUCAGUUGUGGUUAUGGAGGAAUUCUCCGUUCGGGUUCGAGGUUUUUUCCCCUACAUAGACUUGGUGAAGUUUAGCAUAUAGCAUACAAGACGUCUUGGAUAGAGGGAAUAGGAAAUGGUGUUGGCUUCUUUCUGUUUUCAUCCAUCAUCGUGAUUGAUAUUGCUUGACUUUGUCCAUUUAUGGCAAAUGAGAAAUGAACAUUGUUCUGAAGGUUCAGGGAAUUGGCAUCAGUUCAGCUCA